AUGAAUCGUCUUCCUGUUUCUAGCCUCAUGUCACCCCCGGAGUCCAAGCCGCUGGAGAGCUUUCACCCGUAUCCCAAGCGCGACUCGACUGUCAUGGGUGACAUCAAAUUACCCCAAUCUCUGCUGAUCGCAAGCGAACACAGUCGGAGAUGGAUCUGCCCUCGCCACCCGUCACCCCCGGGAUGCCGCCGUUGCUCGGGAUCCUUUGCUCUUCCCCGCCAUGACUCCACGGCUGCUGCCUCGGAUGAGCCGCUGUUCGGUCCCAUCCCCCCUCCAGCUGCUGAGGCGCUCGUCGCCCAUCACAUGAACUCGCACAUGGCCAGGUUUGAGAAUAAGCGGAACAAACCCACGCGCGAUGAAUACCUUCUCGCACUGUCAUGUGUCCCCAUCGUCUCCACCCAGUAUAACCGCAACCCCGCGGCUUGGGCUCGAGAGGAACGGGAUACACUGGAGCGCCAGUUGGUGUUGAUGAAUCGAUACCGCCCCGGGGAUCUGGAGGCCAAGCUGAAGAAGAUCGCCCCAGCCCCCGCGAGACGAAUCGGCGUGGCCCCUCCGCGUGUUCCUCGAAUCCGAGUCAAGCGCACCCCUAAAUCUACCCCCAAGCAGCAUGCUCUGGACUCCUUUGACUCUCCACCCUCAGCCUCCAAGCCCCGUGCCCUCGGCACCAACCGGGAUGAUACAGACUUCCAUGCACUCAAGGACUUCUCUCCUCCGCUCGACUCUCUCGGCGGCAAUGCCAAGGCCUUGAAGGCUGACUGGAAGGGCCAGAUGCUGGAUUUGAGCAAUGACCCGGACAGACACCUGCUCAGUCCCGCCGAGCUCAAUUUGGCCUCCACCCUCCGAUUGUCCUGUGCCACCUAUUUGUGCAGCAAGCGUCGCAUCUUCGAGGCUCGCGUGCGAGCUUUGGGUGUGGGCAAGGAGUUCCGCAAGACCGAUGCCCAGCAGGCCUGUAAGAUUGAUGUCAACAAGGCCAGCAAGCUAUGGACGGCCUACGAACGAGUGGGCUGGUUCAAGCCCGAAUACUUCCAGCAAUAUGUCAGAUGA